CAUGUCAAGACAGGUCAGCUGGCAGCCAUCAAAGUCAUGGACGUUACUGAGGACGAAGAAGAAGAAAUCAAACUGGAGAUUAAUAUGCUAAAGAAAUAUUCUCAUCAUCGAAACAUUGCAACUUAUUACGGUGCUUUCAUUAAGAAAAGUCCUCCAGGACAUGAUGACCAACUGUGGCUUGUUAUGGAGUUUUGUGGAGCCGGCUCUAUCACAGACCUUGUGAAGAACACGAAAGGGAAUACUCUGAAAGAAGACUGGAUAGCAUAUAUCUCCAGGGAGAUUCUCCGGGGGUUGGCACAUCUUCAUGCCCAUCAUGUGAUUCACAGGGAUAUCAAAGGGCAAAAUGUGUUGUUAACAGAGAAUGCAGAAGUGAAACUUGUGGAUUUCGGUGUGAGCGCUCAGCUGGACAGGACAGUUGGCAGGAGAAACACUUUUAUUGGAACUCCGUACUGGAUGGCUCCAGAAGUUAUUGCCUGUGAUGAAAAUCCAGAUGCUACGUAUGAUUACAGAAGUGACCUUUGGUCAUGUGGCAUUACAGCCAUAGAGAUGGCAGAAGGAGCUCCCCCUCUUUGUGACAUGCAUCCCAUGAGGGCGCUUUUUCUGAUACCCAGGAACCCUCCGCCGCGGUUAAAAUCCAAGAAAUGGUCAAAAAAGUUUUUCAGCUUUAUAGAAGGUUGCCUAGUGAAGAAUUACAUGCAGCGACCUUCUACAGAACAGCUCUUGAAGCAUCCCUUUAUACGUGACCAACCAAAUGAAAGGCAAGUCCGAAUCCAGCUUAAGGACCAUAUAGACAGAACCAGGAAGAAGAGAGGAGAGAAAGAUGAGACAGAGUAUGAAUAUAGUGGAAGUGAGGAAGAAGAGGAGGAAGUGCCUGAACAAGAAGGAGAGCCAAGUUCCAUUGUCAAUGUGCCUGGAGAAUCAACCCUCCGACGUGAUUUCCUGAGACUGCAGCAGGAAAACAAGGAACGGUCCGAGGCCCUUCGGAGACAGCAGCUGCUGCAGGAGCAGCAGCUCCGCGAGCAGGAGGAGUACAAGAGGCAGCUGUUGGCAGAGAGGCAGAAGCGCAUUGAGCAGCAGAAGGAGCAGAGGAGACGGCUAGAAGAGCAACAAAGAAGAGAACGGGAAGCUCGAAGGCAACAAGAGCGUGAGCAAAGGCGGAGAGAACAGGAGGAAAAAAGACGUCUGGAAGAAAUGGAGAGGAGGCGUAAGGAAGAGGAAGAGAGAAGAAGAGCAGAGGAGGAAAAAAGGAGAGUAGAAAGGGAGCAGGAGUAUAUCAGGCGACAGCUAGAAGAGGAGCAGCGGCACUUGGAAAUUCUACAGCAGCAGCUGCUCCAGGAGCAGGCCAUGUUACUGCAUGAUCACAGGCGGCAGCAGCAGCAGCAGCAGCAACAGCAGCAACAGCAGCAGCAACAGCAGCAAGAAAGAAACAAACAAAGCUAUCAUACCCCUGAGCCAAAAUCCCACUAUGAGCCUGCUGAAAGAGCACGUGAGGUGGAGGAGAGAUUUAGAAAAACUAAUCAGGGCUCCCCUGAAGCACAGUCUAAACAGAUGGGCAAAGUGUUGGAGCCACCAGUGCCUUCAAGAUCAGAGUCCUUUUCUAAUGGAAACUCAGAACCUGCUCAGCCUGCCCUGCAGAGGCCAAUGGAGCCUCAGGUACCUGUGAGAACAACGUCCCGAUCACCAGUCCUGUCUCGCCGUGAUUCUCCGCUGCAGGGCAGUGGGCAGCAAAAUAACCAAGCAGGUCAAAGAAACUCCACGAGCAAUAUAGAGCCUCGUCUGCUGUGGGAAAGGGUGGAGAAGCUCGUACCAAGGCCAGGCAGUGGCAGUUCUUCAGGUUCAAGCAACUCUGGCUCACAGCCUGGCUCUCACCCUGGCUCUCAGAGUGGGUCUGGAGAGCGGUUCCGGAUGAGAUCAUCAUCCAAAUCUGAGGGUUCUCCGUCACAGCGUCAUGAAAGUGCACCUAAAAAGCCUGAAGAGAAAAAGGAAGUCUUCAGACCUAUCAAGCCUGCUGAUUUAACUGCAUUGGCAAAGGAAUUGCGAGCAGUAGAGGAUGUGCGACCUCCACAUAAAGUAACGGAUUAUUCAUCCUCCAGUGAGGAGUCGGGGACAACGGAUGAGGAAGAUGAUGAUAUGGAACAAGAAGGAGCAGACGAAUCUACUUCUGGACCAGAUGAUGUCCGAGCAGUGUCAACGUUGAAUUUGAGCAAUGGUGAAACAGAGUCAGUGAAAACCAUGAUUGUCCAUGACGAUGUGGAGAGUGAACCUGCCUUGACUCCUUCUAAGGAGGGCACCUUAAUUGUCCGACAGAGUACAGUUGACAAAAAGCGUGCCAGCCAUCAUGAGAGCAAUGGCUUUGCCGGUCGCAUUCACCUCUUGCCAGAUCUCUUACAGCAAAGCCAUUCCUCCUCCACUUCCUCCACCUCCUCCUCCCCAUCCUCCAGCCAGCCGACACCCACCAUGUCCCCACAGACACCCCAGGACAAGCUAACUACUAAUGAGACUCAGUCCGCUAGUAACACACUCCAGAAACACAAAUCUUCCUCCUCCUUUACACCUUUUAUAGACCCCAGAUUACUACAGAUUUCUCCAUCUAGUGGGACAACCGUGACUUCUGUGGUAGGAUUCUCUAGUGAAGCAAUGAGAUCAGAGGCAAUAAGGCAAGACCCUACACGGAAAGGAUCAGUUGUCAAUGUGAAUCCCACGAAUACACGACCACAGAGUGAUACCCCAGAGAUUCGCAAAUACAAGAAGAGAUUCAAUUCUGAGAUACUGUGUGCUGCCUUAUGGGGAGUGAAUUUGUUAGUGGGCACUGAAAGCGGUCUGAUGCUGCUAGACAGAAGUGGUCAGGGGAAGGUUUAUCCGCUCAUCAAUCGAAGGAGAUUCCAGCAAAUGGAUGUACUUGAGGGGCUGAAUGUCUUGGUGACAAUUUCUGGUAAGAAGAACAAGUUGCGAGUUUACUAUUUGUCCUGGUUAAGAAAUAAAAUCCUUCACAACGACCCUGAAGUAGAAAAGAAACAGGGCUGGACAACGGUGGGCGACUUGGAAGGCUGCGUGCACUAUAAAGUUGUAAAAUAUGAAAGAAUCAAGUUCUUGGUAAUUGCAUUGAAGAGUUCUGUGGAAGUCUAUGCAUGGGCACCAAAGCCAUACCAUAAAUUUAUGGCCUUUAAGUCAUUUGGAGAAUUGGUACAUAAGCCAUUGCUGGUGGAUCUCACCGUAGAAGAGGGUCAGAGGCUAAAAGUGAUCUAUGGCUCCUGCGCUGGCUUCCAUGCUGUUGAUGUGGAUUCAGGAUCGGUCUAUGAUAUUUAUCUACCAACACAUAUCCAGAGCAGUAUCCAACCUCACGCAAUCAUCAUUCUCCCAAACACGGAUGGGAUGGAGCUACUGGUCUGCUACGAGGAUGAAGGAGUUUACGUCAACACGUACGGAAGGAUAACCAAGGAUGUAGUUCUGCAGUGGGGAGAAAUGCCAACUUCAGUUGCGUACAUCCGAUCCAACCAGAUUAUGGGCUGGGGAGAAAAAGCUAUCGAAAUACGAUCAGUGGAAACUGGACACUUGGAUGGUGUGUUCAUGCACAAAAGGGCACAAAGACUCAAGUUCUUGUGUGAGCGCAAUGACAAGGUUUUCUUUGCCUCCGUACGGUCUGGUGGAAGCAGUCAAGUGUAUUUCAUGACCCUUGGCAGGACUUCUCUUCUGAGCUGGUAGAAGCAGUGGGAUUUGGCGAGGAAUUGCUGACAUCCAGAGUCUGAGAUCUUCAUAACUCGGAAUUACUUUCAACUGGAGUACAGACCUGCACUAAUGCAGCACUCUGUGUAAAUGUGUGUGCAGGCAUCACUGGUGUUAGGUUUCUUUUUGUUUUUCAACUGAGGCUGCGACGCAGCUGGUGCUGUAAAGAUAUUGCCAUCAGGUGCUACAAUGUCUUUGAGAUUUGGGAUCACGCUAGAAAGCUACAGGUCUUCUUUUCCCUUCAGCUCCAGGAUUCCUAGGCUUUGAAGGACUCUGUCUGUUAGUGUUGAAACAGAGAGGGGGGAAAAUAAAAGGAAAAUAAAACAGACUACCAUGAACAUGCUGUUGAGUGGGCAGGAGGCAGGCAAGAGAAGGUGAGAAGUGGUGUAGAGAGUCAGACUGGCUGAAACAGAGGGCAGAUCUAGUCUAGUAAUGUUAACAGUGUAUUUAAUUGACAUUUCUUUUUUGUAAUGUGACAAUAUGUGGUCAAAGAGGAAGGUGCAGGUUUUAAGAAGUUAAUAUUUAUAAAAUGUGAAAGGCAGUGACUAGGAUAACUUCUUCUUGGGACAGGGAGGGUGGGAAGGGGCUCGGGGUGGAUUUCUUGGGUUUUUUUGUUUCUGCAGUUUUAUUUUGGCCUGGCCAAUAACUUUAGUCAUUUUCUGUGUACCAGGUAUUGCCUGAAACAUGUGCAGAGUAUAAAAAAAAAAAAAAAAGAGGAAAAAAAAAAAGAAAAAAGAAACAGAAAAAGAAAAACAAAAAAAAUUCAUUUUCUAUAAUGAUUCUGUGUUAGGCCAGAACUUGGUUAUGUCACAGUAUUAGCACUGCCUCAGUUAAAGGUUUAAUUUUUGUUUAAACCUAGAAGUGCAACAACAGUUUUACCACAGUCUGCACUCGCAGAACUAAAAAAAAAAAA